UGCUGCUCCCCGCCACCGCCUCCCCGCCGGUGAGAGCGAGGAGGGAGGGAAGAUGGGGGCCGUCCUGCGCAGCCUACUCGCCUGCAGUUUUUGUUCCCUGAUGCGAGCCGCCCCGCUGCUGCUGUACGCGAACCGCCGGGACCUGCGGCUGGUGGACGCCGCCCACGGCAAGGAGAACGCCACGGUGAUCGUGGGCGGCCUGGAGGACGCGGCCGCCGUGGACUUCGUGUUCCUCAAGGGCUUGAUUUACUGGAGUGAUGUCAGCGAGGAGGCCAUCAAAAGGACAGAGUUCAACAGGUCGGGGAGCGUGCAGAACGUGGUGGUUUCUGGGCUGCUGUCGCCCGACGGGCUGGCCUGUGACUGGCUGGGGGAGAAGCUCUACUGGACAGAUUCGGAAACAAAUCGCAUCGAGGUUUCUAACUUAGAUGGAUCGCUGAGGAAAGUUUUGUUUUGGCAAGAAUUGGAUCAACCCAGAGCGAUUGCCUUAGAUCCUGCAAGAGGGUUCAUGUACUGGACAGACUGGGGAGAAGCACCAAAGAUAGAACGAGCGGGGAUGGAUGGUUCGAGCCGCUCCAUCAUCGUUAACACGGACAUCUAUUGGCCAAACGGACUGACUCUGGAUUAUGAGGAACAGAAACUCUACUGGGCAGAUGCUAAACUGAAUUUCAUCCACAAAUCAAAUCUAGAUGGAAGUCAUAGGCAAGCAGUGGUUAAAGGCUCCCUUCCACAUCCCUUUGCUCUGACACUGUUUGGGGACACGUUGUACUGGACGGACUGGAACACACAUUCCAUCCUGGCCUGCAGCAAGUACUCCGGGGAGGACCUGCGUGAGAUCCACUCCAACAUCUUCUCCCCCAUGGAUAUCCAUGCCUUCAGCCAGAAGAGGCAGCCAAAUGCUACGAACCCAUGUGGAACUAAUAAUGGUGGCUGCUCCCACUUGUGUUUGAUGUCUCCUACCAAGCCCUCUUAUCAGUGUGCAUGUCCCACUGGUGUGAAACUUCUUGAGAAUGGAAAGACCUGCAAAGAUGGUGCCACCGCGCUGCUGCUCCUGGCCCGCCGGACGGACCUGAGGCGCAUUUCCUUGGACACGCCGGAUUUCACGGACAUCGUGCUGCCGCUGGAGGACAUCCGCCACGCCAUCGCCAUCGACUUCGACCCUCUGGAAGGGUACAUCUACUGGACAGACGACGAAGUGAGGGCCAUCCGCCGCUCCUUCCUGGAUGGCUCGGGCAGCCAGUUCGUGGUGACGGCGCAGAUCGCACACCCCGACGGCAUCGCCGUGGACUGGGUGGCGCGCAACCUCUACUGGACGGACACCGGCACGGACCGCAUCGAGGUCACCAGGCUCAACGGCACCAUGAGGAAAAUCUUGAUAUCAGAGGACCUGGAAGAGCCCAGAGCCAUUGUGCUGGAUCCCAUGGUUGGGUACAUGUACUGGACUGACUGGGGAGAAAUCCCAAAGAUUGAGAGGGCAGCAUUGGAUGGCUCAGACAGAAUUGUGCUGGUGAACACCUCGCUUGGCUGGCCAAAUGGGUUGGCACUGGAUUAUGCAGAAAGCAAAAUAUACUGGGGAGAUGCCAAAACAGACAAAAUAGAGGUCAUGAAUGCUGAUGGAACUGGCAGGAGAGUCCUGGUGGAGGACAAGCUGCCUCAUAUCUUUGGAUUCACUCUGUUGGGAGACUACAUUUACUGGACAGACUGGCAGAGGCGCAGCAUUGAGCGCGUGCACAAGUGCACGGCAGAGAGGGAGAUCAUCAUCGAUCAGCUGCCUGACCUGAUGGGCCUGAAAGCCACCAACGUCCAUCAGGUCAUCGGUACCAACCCCUGUGCAGAGGACAACGGGGGCUGCAGCCACCUGUGCCUGUACCGACCCCAAGGGCUCCGCUGCGCCUGCCCCAUCGGCCUGGAGCUCAUCAGUGACAUGAGGACCUGCAUCGUGCCAGAAGCUUUCCUGCUCUUCUCCAGGAGGGCAGACAUCAGGCGCAUCUCCCUCGAAACCAACAAUAACAACGUGGCUAUCCCGCUCACCGGAGUCAAGGAGGCUUCUGCUCUGGAUUUUGAUGUGACAGACAAUCGUAUUUACUGGACAGACAUUUCACUGAAGACCAUCAGCAGAGCGUUCAUGAAUGGCAGCGCGCUGGAGCACGUGGUGGAGUUUGGCCUGGAUUACCCCGAGGGCAUGGCCGUGGACUGGCUGGGGAAGAACUUGUACUGGGCUGACACUGGCACCAACAGGAUCGAGGUGUCCAAGCUGGACGGGCAGCACCGCCAGGUGCUCGUCUGGAAGGAUCUCGACAGCCCCCGGGCGCUGGCGCUCGACCCUGCUGAGGGGUUCAUGUACUGGACUGAGUGGGGUGGCAAGCCCAAGAUUGACAGGGCUGCCAUGGAUGGCAGUGAGAGAACCACGCUGGUCCCAAACGUGGGGCGCGCCAACGGCCUGACCAUCGACUACGCCAAGAGGCGCCUCUACUGGACCGACCUGGACACCAACCUCAUAGAGUCCUCCAACAUGUUAGGCCUGGACCGUGAGAUCAUAGCUGAUGAUCUGCCUCACCCCUUUGGCCUGACCCAGUACCAGGAUUACAUUUACUGGACAGACUGGAGCCGCCGCAGCAUCGAGCGCGCCAACAAGACCAGCGGGCAGAACCGAACCAUCAUCCAGGGCCACCUGGAUUACGUGAUGGACAUCCUGGUGUUCCACUCCUCCCGGCAGGCGGGCUGGAACGAGUGUGCCUCCAGCAACGGGCACUGCUCCCACCUGUGCCUGGCUGUCCCCGUGGGAGGCUUUGUCUGUGGCUGCCCAGCUCACUAUUCCUUGAACUCUGACAACAGGACCUGCAGUGCUCCUACCACGUUCCUGUUGUUCAGCCAGAAGAACGCCAUCAACCGCAUGGUGAUAGACGAGCAGCAGAGCCCGGACAUCAUCCUGCCCAUCCACAGCCUGCGCAACGUGCGCGCCAUCGACUACGACCCCCUGGACAAGCAGCUCUACUGGAUCGACUCGCGGCAGAACAUCAUCCGCAAGGCACAGGAGGAUGGCAGCCAGAGCCUCACUGUUGUGACAAGUCCAGUUCCCAAUCAGAACCUGGAUAUGCAGCCCUAUGACCUGAGCAUUGACAUCUACAGCCGCUACAUCUACUGGACCUGCGAGGCCACCAACGUCAUCAACGUCACUCGCCUGGAUGGGAGACCCAUGGGAGUGGUGCUCAAGGGGGAUCAGGACAGGCCCAGAGCCAUUGUGGUGAAUCCAGAGAAAGGAUACAUGUAUUUCACCAACCUCCAGGAGAGAUCUCCUAAAAUUGAGAGAGCAGCACUGGAUGGAACUGAGCGAGAAGUCCUUUUCUUCAGUGGUUUGAGCAAGCCCAUCGCCUUAGCUGUUGACAGCCAGCUGGGCAAGUUGUUCUGGGCUGACUCAGAUCUGCGCAGGAUUGAAAGCAGUGACCUUUCAGGUGCUAACCGGAUCGUGUUGGAAGACUCCAAUAUCCUGCAGCCUGUGGGCCUGACUGUCUUUGAGAACUGGCUCUACUGGAUUGACAGGCAGCAGCAGAUGAUUGAGAAGAUUGAUAUGACCGGUCGAGAAGGACGCACAAAGGUCCAGGCUCGCAUUGCGCAACUCAGUGACAUCCAUGCUGUGAAGGAGCUCAACCUGCAGGAAUACAGACAGCAUCCGUGCUCUCAGGACAAUGGUGGCUGCUCCCACAUUUGCAUUGUGAAGGGGGACGGCUCCACGCGCUGCUCUUGCCCCGUGCACCUGGUGCUGCUGCAGGAUGAGCUGUCCUGUGGAGAACCACCAACAUGCUCCCCUCAGCAGUUCACCUGUUUCACAGGUGAGAUUGACUGCAUCCCGGUGGCCUGGCGCUGCGAUGGCUUCACCGAGUGUGAGGACCACAGUGACGAGAAGAACUGCCCAGUGUGCUCUGAGAGCCAGUUCCAGUGUGAGAGUGGGCAGUGCAUAGACAGUGCCCUGCGCUGCAAUGGGGAAGCCAAUUGCCAGGACAACUCAGAUGAGAAGAACUGCGAAGUGCUGUGUUUAACGGAUCAGUUCCGCUGUGCCAGUGGGCAGUGCAUCGGGAAAAGCAAGAAGUGUGACCACAACCUGGACUGCAGUGACAGCUCUGAUGAGCAAGGAUGCUACACAACGGAGGAACCUGCCCCACAGCCCAACAACACCAUAGGCUCCAUCAUUGGUGUGAUCCUUACAGUGUUUGUGGUGGGAGCAAUGUACUUCAUCUGCCAGAGGGUGCUGUGCCCACGCAUGAAGGGCGAUGGGGAAACCAUGACCAACGACUACGUGGUGCAGGGGCCACCCUCGGUGCCUCUGGGCUACGUGCCUCACCCAAGCUCCCUGUCAGGCUCUCUGCCUGGUAUGUCUCGAGGUAAAUCUGUCAUCAGCUCCCUCAGCAUCAUGGGAGGGAGCAGUGGCCCACCCUAUGACAGGGCCCAUGUUACAGGAGCCUCCUCCAGCAGUUCCUCAAGUACCAAAGGCACUUACUUUCCUCCAAUUUUGAACCCACCACCAUCACCAGCCACUGAACGUUCACACUACACCAUGGAAUUUGGUUAUUCUUCAAACAGCCCAUCCACUCAUAGAUCCUACAGCUACCGGCCCUACAGCUACCGGCACUUCGCGCCGCCCACCACGCCCUGCAGCACGGACGUGUGCGACAGCGACUACGGCCCGAGCCGCCGCCCGCCCGGCGCCGCCUCAGCCGCCGCCAAGGGCUACACCAGCGACCUCAACUACGACUCGGAGCCGGUGCCGCCGCCGCCCACGCCCCGCAGCCAGUACCUGUCCGCCGAGGAGAACUGCGAGAGCUGCCCGCCGUCGCCGUACACGGAGCGCAGCUACUCGCACCACCUGUACCCGCCGCCGCCGUCGCCGUGCACCGACUCGUCCUGAGGCGCGGCCCCCCCGCCCCGAGCCCGCCGCGCUGUAAAUACGAAAGGUUCCGCCGGGGACGGGGGGAGGGAGCCGAGCGUGUACAGGUAAUGCGGGGAGGAGGAGGAGCACUGAAGA